AUGAUCCUCACAAAUUGCGCCGCCUGUGCCGCCCCACUGGCCCACGACGCCCCCGCGAGAUGCGUGGGGUGUCGGACUCGCUAUUGCAGUGAGCGAUGCCUACGCUACCACUCUCACAGAGGCGGGCACGACGAAAUUUGUGACGAAAUAGCCAGCGGUGGCGGCGCCGAACAAUACCACGCCGACAAAAAAUACAAGGAGGCCGUCGCGGACGCGGUCGAGGAGUGCGCGGAGGACACGGCGGGUCAGACGUGCUACAUCUGUCUCGAGGCCGUGCAUCCGCACACGGGAGAGGCCUCGUGCGCGGGUGCGCGUGCCGCGGGGGAGCGGGCUUUGCGCAUGUGUCGUGCUUGGCGCGGCAGGCGAAGACUUUGGUCGCGGAUGGUAUUCUCGACAACGAUUAUUUGGACGAUGAGACAUUUGAUGCGGGGUGGAGGCGGUGGCACACGUGCGGCCUGUGCAACCAAAGCUACCACAGCGUCGUGUCGUGCGCGCUCGGGUGGGCGUGCUGGAAGACGUACUUGGGGCGGCCGGAGGCGGACACGGUUCGGUGUCAUGCGAUGAACCUGCUUGGGGUCGGUUUACACGACGCAGGACACCACGAGGACGCGUUGUCCGUGAAGGAGGCCGAUUUCGCUACGCGGCGGCGAAUCGGCGUAUCAGAACACAACUUACUCUCCGUGCAGAGCAAUCUUGCGAGCACGUAUGAAAUGCUAGGUAGGCAAGACGAGGCACUGUCCCUGCGACGAGACGUAUACUCCGGACGUCUGGAGUUCCACGGCGAGGAACAUGAAAAGACUCUCUUGGCAGCCAACAACUACGCGUAUUCCCUUUUUGCUCUACAGCGCUUCGAAGAAGCCAAGGCACUAUCGCGCGAAACGAUGCCCGUGGCGCGACGUGUUCUCGGGGAGAAUGAGGAUCUCACGCUCGUAAUGAGGUUAAACUACGCGAGGGCGCUCUACAAGGACGACGAUGCCACGCUCGACGAUCUCCGCGAGGCCGUGGCGACGCUCGAGGACUCGGAACGGAUCGCGCGGCGCGUGCUCGGCGGCGCGUACCCGCUCACAACGGGGAUCGAGGGCGCACUGCAAAACGCGCGAGCCGCGCUCGGCGCCCGCGAGACGCCGUCGGGGGUGGCCACGAGGACUCGCGCCGCUCGGGCUCGGGCGCGUCCGUCGGGGGAGGAGUAA